AUGGGCGUGACCGUCUCCCACACUACCCUCGCCCCCGUCUCCCUCGCCUCCACCCUCAUCGGUUUCAUCUCCUUCGCCUUCACUCUCGCCACCUUCCUCAAGGUCUUCUGGCAGUCUAUUAUCACGCUCAAAGCCGCACCUGAUGAGAUCACGGACUACUUGUCGAAUCUGAAGCAGGCACUGCUGGAGGAGCGGCGGCAUUUGCGGAAGGUUAGAAGAAGGGCGAGGAAAAGGAGCAGAGGGGAUGACGGUGGGAGCUGGGUCGGUGGAGGUACUGGAGGGAGACGGAGUCGGAGUCGGCGGAGAAGCGGAGGUGGUGGUGGGGGUGGCAAGGGACCUCGAAGCUAUUUCGAACGCGACGAGCAGGCGUUCCGGUCACAGGGAGAGAGCGAAGCCCUGAGGGUGAUGCGGGACGCGAUCCGCGACAUGAUACGCUCUUUCCGGGUCCUCGAGUACCCCUUUCUCAAGCCCGAGUUCCAGGAUCUCGACUCUGCGCGCUGGAGCACCAACACACCGCGGGAAAAGAGCCCUGCGUAUUUGCAGUCUCCGCCCGAGGGCAGCCCAUGGGAAGACGAUGAUGGGGAGCAAGCCCAGGCGCAGGGACUCAGCAGGAGUAAUCGCUAUGGGAGCGAGUAUAAGAAGUGUGGGAUGAGGGAGCGGUGGUUGUGGUUGCAUAGGAAAGGGGACGUGGUGACCAUGAGUGAGGGGCUGAGUCGGAUUGAGGUGAGGCGGACAGCGCAUGAGGUGGGGGCAGUGGCGAUGGCGGUCACCGAUAUUGGAAGAGACGUUGAGGGAAUGUUUGAGAUGAUCAGGGCGAUGGAGGGGAGGCUAAAU